AUGGCGAAGGACGAACAGGCUGUGGCGAAGGUUCCAAGGAAGGGAAUGAGGUGUGAGGGCAGCCGCGUGAGGUCUGGGUGCGCACCUCGGCAGCGGGGGCCCCGCGCGCUGCGCCCCCCUUUUAUGCAGGAGGUCCCCUUUGGAUGGCGGCGGGCUGGUUUUGGUCUGCUCCUGACUCACCAGGAUGAACGUGACAGGGUGUCCAUUCCCUUGCGAAGGGUCAGGACGUCACGCCCCCGCUCCACCCCACCUUCAGGGGCCCUCCCCUCCCCCAGCCCUCAGAGCUUCGCCCGCUGGCAGCACAGGCAGGACCGCUGGGCCCUUUCUGGAAACCAGAAGCUUCCUCCUCCUAAAUUCCCCUCAGCCAUGCUCCUUCCAACAAAACUGCUCAGCCCCCUAAGGUCCUUUGACACGACCACUGGCUCCCUGGGCCAGAGGCGAGGCCUCAGAGUGGAGCCAAAGUUAUGGCGGCAAGGGCUACAGCAGUUUCUGCCCAAUGAUGAAGCUGAACCUUCCCCAGUACAUCUGGGAGGCACAAAUCAGCCUACAAAGCUCCCUGAGGAGAUGGAGCCCUCUCUAGACAAGCAGGAGGCUCCUUGUCAACAUCUAGUGCCUCCUACAGUGGUUACAACUCAAAACACCACAAAGCAUGAGGUGUCACAUCCUGGGCAGAAUCAACUGCAUCCUUCAAAUCUGCCCACUGUCACAGUUAAACCUGCUGAUAUGCAGCUUAUCCUAACUCCAGAACCCACUACAGAGGUUCAGAGUUUUCCAACUCAACAUAAGGGCCCAGCUCACCCUCCAGAGACUUCUGAAGAGGUGAAGCCUCCAACACAGCAAGAGGACUUGAGUAAACUGUCAGAGCUCCUUGAGGACAAUGAACCAUCUCCAUUCCAAGUUGUAACUCAAUCACCAGUAUAUAAUGAGGUGACAGUUCAUUCUACAGAUCAGGACCAAGCUCAGAAUUCAAACUUACCUGAUGUCAUAGUUAGACCUACAGACCUGGGGCUUACCAUAACUCCUCAAUUCACCUCAACUGAACAGUCCACUGCCCUGCAGAAAACCACACCUCCUACAAAGCACAUACAUCUGGGAGGUAUAAAUCGGCCUGAAAAACUCCCUGAGGAGAUGGAGCCUUCUCUAGACCAGCAGGAGGCUCCUCUUCAACCUCUAGUGCCUCCUACAGUGGUUACAACUCAAAACACCACAAAUCAUGAGGUGCCACCUCCUGGGCAGAAUCAACUGCAUCCUUCAAAUUUGCCCACUGUCACAGUUAAACCUGCUGAUAUGCAGCUUAUCCUAACUCCAGAACCCACUACAGAGGUUCAGAGUUUGCCGAUUCAACAUAAGGCCCCAACUCACCCUCCACAGACUUCUGAGGAGGUGAAGCCUCCAACCCAGCAGGAUGACCUGAGUAAACUGUCAGAGCUCCUUGAGGACAAUGAACCAUCUCCAUUCCAAGUAGAGGUUCCUGUACAUCACCCAGAGUAA